AUGGAAUCUCCCAAAAACUCAGCACUCACAACGCUGUGCGAUGAGGAGACAUUCAAAGACUUUUCCGAUGUUGAAUCCGACGACACAACUUUGGUUCAGCUUCGCUCAAGAUCUAGGGUUUUCCGCCCGGUCAUCAUCCUACUCUCAGUUAUCCUCGUUUUGAUCCCGCUCAUUUACUUCACUGUUGCAACACCCAGGAGAAGACUGAAGUACGAUCAAUGUGGCACCACAGCUGACGAAGCGCGGGCACGUGGUUGUGUGUUCGAGAUCACUGGCUUCACAUGGCUACCCAGAGAGUGCCAGGAUACAGAGACUGAAGACGAGUUUCUUGAUUAUCUCGCCGAGAACGAUUUGAACAUCUACCGCGACACAAAGUACACGGAUAUUGUGCCAAUCGAGGAAGUCCGGCUCGGCAACGGGCCAGGCUUCUUUGUGCGCCAACAAUACCACGUGACCCAUUGCCAGUUUCUGCUGCGGAAGUUGCAUCGCGCACAAACGAGCGGACGGAUGAUCGAUGGGCAGAUCAUGCCUACGCAUCAUACGGUGCACUGUGGGGAGCAGACGCUCAGCGUGAUCCAGGACCCUUCGUGGCGGGAAGACGCUAUACAGCUCUCUUAUACGAAGUUCCCGUAUUGCGGGAAGCCUGGGGGUUACAAUGUUGGUUGGGAUCAAGACCAUGGGAGGCCGACGGCAUGGACAAACGCUUAG